CAGAUUGUGAACUGUGGGACAAGGUGGAACCUCUGGGGAGUUUUAGGUUUGUCUCCCCAUGACAACGUGUCACCAUGGUGACCGCGGCUCCAAGGGUGAUGCCGAGCGGUGCACCUCUGAUGAUGAGGACGCGGAGCUCACUGAGCUUGGGCCGCUGCUGACAAAUCCAGCUGAAGCAAAGAAAUCAAGAGGUGCAUCAGCAUUUCCUGAUGAGGAUGAGAACGAGGAUGAAGAACAAGGUUUGCGGGUGGUUACACUGCCCAUGCAGGCGCACCAUGCCAUGGAGAAGAUGGAGGAGUUUGUACACAAGGUAUGGGAAGGACGUUGGCGAGUUAUUCCAUACCAUCUCCUCCCAGAUUGGCUAAAGGAUAAUGAUUACCUGCUGCAGGGACACCGCCCACCCAUGCCGUCCUUCCGUGCCUGUUUUGGGAGCAUCUUCAGGAUUCACACAGAAACUGGAAACAUCUGGACGCACCUGCUGGGCUUAAUUCUGUUCCUGUGCUUGGGCACAUUGACAAUGCUGCGGCCAAACGUUUCAUUCAUGGCGCCCGUGCAGGAGAAGGUGGUGUUUGGGAUGUUCUUCCUGGGUGCAGUUCUUUGUUUGAGCUUCUCCUGGCUUUUUCACACUGUCUACUGCCACUCAGAAAAAGUCUCUAGGACAUUCUCCAAGUUGGAUUACUCUGGUAUUGCGUUGUUAAUCAUGGGCUCAUUCGUUCCAUGGCUGUACUACUCGUUUUACUGCUCUCCUCAGCCGCGGUUCAUCUAUCUCUCUGUUGUAUGUGUGCUGGGUGUUGCUGCUAUCAUUGUGGCCCAGUGGGACAGAUUCGCCACCCCUCGGCACCGAUCCACACGUGCAGGUGUUUUCAUGGGCCUUGGUCUGAGUGGACUCAUUCCCACAAUGCAUUUUACCAUCGCAGAGGGUUUUGUGAAGGCAACGACAGUGGGUCAGAUGGGCUGGUUCUAUCUGAUGGGUGCCAUGUACAUUAGUGGAGCAUCACUUUAUGCAGCACGGAUACCUGAACGUUACUUCCCUGGCAAAUGUGACAUCUGGUUUCAGUCUCAUCAGAUAUUCCAUGUGCUGGUUGUCGCGGCGGCAUUUGUCCAUUUUUAUGGGAUCUCAAACCUGCAGGAGUUCCGCUAUGGCCUGGAAGGUGGCUGCACAGAUGACACUCUGCUGUAAAAAAAAAAAAAAAAUCACUUGAACUUUGGCUAGUGCCUGCUCACUU